UUGUGUUUCUUUUCCUCGUUUGAGUGAAAUAUUGGUUUCGGAAGUGUGCAUUUGUUUGACUGAAUAUUCUGAAUAUAUAUCUCCCUGUAUUUUCAUUUUGCUGUUAUUUUGUUACUUAUAGAGCUUAAUACAAAUUGAGAUGUCUGCUAUGGAAGUUGAUGAUGAAAUUGAUGGCGAAACUUCGGAAUUGUCUUCUGCUAGUACUUCACGCGGUGACAAGAAAAGGUUUGAAGUCAAAAAGUGGAAUGCAGUUGCUCUCUGGGCUUGGGAUAUUGUUGUGGACAAUUGUGCUAUUUGCCGAAAUCAUAUAAUGGAUUUGUGUAUUGAAUGCCAAGCUAAUCAAGCUUCUGCUACUAGUGAAGAAUGUACUGUUGCUUGGGGAGUUUGCAAUCAUGCCUUUCAUUUUCAUUGCAUUUCUCGGUGGCUGAAAACUAGGCAGGUUUGUCCAUUAGAUAAUCGUGAGUGGGAAUUUCAAAAGUAUGGUCACUAGUAUCCUGUUUGAAUUUUCCUUCUUUUUUUAUGUAUCAUUGCUUUGUCAGCAACUUAUUCUAAUUUAAUGUAAUUAAAAUUUUUUAAUUAAUAA